UGUUUCCCAGUUAACCGCGCGCGGAUCGAGUCAAGUGAACCUACCGAGAGGUGGUGCUGACUGACCGCUGCAAGGUUUCUCGACUAAACCUAAAUUAUUUCACUUUCGGAAGCGACUGACAAGCAACGUAAAGUCUUUGUUUGGAAAAAAUUGGAAGGUUUCGCCUGUGCCGGAGUCAAGGUGACGCGGUUAAAUGAAAGAAAGUAAAACGCGGAGUGAAAGCGCCUGACUGCAGCUUGAGGAUCAAAGCUAAUGCUAAGCCACAUAGCCGUUGCUACAUAAUUACACGAAAACUCGUGUCAGUUGAGCCGUCGUUUGCUUUGUCAUAACCGCUGAUAUCACAAAGUAGAUGUGCGGAGAAGCAUUUUGAGGGCGCACGCCACAUUUGGUUGGAACAGCGGUGGUUGGGGAGGGUUGCUUGAACAUUUUAGGCCACAAGCGACUGGUAUUCACUUAGCAAGAUUAGCUACGAUAGCCCGUAUUGCCGAAGUGACACCGGCUCAACUGCUAAAGAUAGUUUAUAAGCGAAGCUAUUUCGUAUCGGACGGUUUAGUGUUGAUUACUUUCGAUACUUUUGGGUCCGAACCCCCGUGUUUAUUCGCCAUGCUGAAACAACAGCAGCCCAACUCCGGUGGGAGAAAAGCAUCAAAUGGUACCACGGGCCCCGCCGGUAUGUCUUCUCCAGUCAGUGGCGGCAACCGGACGCCGGCCGGGAGGAAUCGAACUACUGCGAAACCGUCAUUCCAGUCUUCUCCCGUUUUUGAGGGUGUGUACAACAAUGCUCGAAUGCUUCAUUUCCUCACAGCUGUUGUGGGUUCCACUUGUGAUAUAAGGGUGAAGAAUGGGAGUGUGUUUGAAGGCAUCUUCAAGACGCUCAGUUCCCGGUGUGAAUUGGCCGUGGACGCCGUGCACAAAAGAGGGGAGGAGGGCUCGACUUUGGCUCCGCCGCGGCGGGAAGACAUCACCGACACCAUGAUUUUCAGCCCUUCGGAUCUGGUUACGAUGAUAUGCAGGGACGUAGACCUCAACUAUGCCACCAGAGAUACCUUCACCGACACAGCCAUCAGCUCCACGCGGGUCAACGGCGAACACAAAGAGAAAGUGUUGCAGAGGUGGGAAGGAGGAGACAGCAACGGGGAGAGUUAUAAUCUGGAUGCGGAUACAUCCAACGGCUGGGAUGCCAACGAGAUGUUCCGCUACAAUGAAGUGAAAUAUGGAGUCACAUCAACGUAUGAUUCCAGCCUCUCUAUGUAUACCGUGCCGCUGGAGAGGGGUACCUCCGAAGUGUACCGACAGCGGGAGGCCCGCGCCGCUCGCCUGGCCAACGAGAUCGAGUCCAGCCCCCAAUACCGCCACCGCGCCGGCCUGGAGAACGACGAGGGUAAAAGUGAGGAGGACAAAUACAGUGCUGUGGUGCGCGACAGCACCGAUCGGGACAGGAGCCACGAGAGCCCCCGCGAACGUGAAAGGGGUCGAGACAGCCCCGGGGCCAGGGAGGGCAAGUACAUUCCUUUGCCUCAGCGGCAAAGGGAGAUGAACCGGGAUCGAGCCGAGAGAGGCCCCGGCGGUCCUCCGCCCCACAGUCGUCUGAGUGGGGGUUAUCGCUCCACUCCUCCAUCCUCCUCGUCCCCCAGAGCCCCGCUGCCUUCGACGGGCGGUCCCCAAACUGGUGUCUCCCCAUCAGAGCGAAGCAGCCCCCUAUCGGGCCGAGGCGGGGCCUACGUUGCCCACCACCCGCAAGGAAGCCCCAGCCCAGGUCCCGGCUCUGCUCCCGGCAGUCCGUAUACACCCGCCUCUCCUGGGGCCGCGCCCAGCUCGGCAGGCUCCCUCUCUGCCACCCCUUCCCCGACUAGCCCACCUGCCCCCCAUGGACACUCAGUCCCACAUUCCCACUCCCUACCACACUCCCUGUCAGAGGCCGGUAGACCUGUUAAUGGAGUUGCUGCCAGGACUUCUCCCAAAGCUCAAAGACCUCCACAGUCGAGCAGAACAGUCCGCACUCCAAACACACACGCUCAGUCUACUGCCACUCGUUCACCGAAAUCGGGCUCUUCCCAGGACACCCCUUACUUGGACACGUCGUCCAUCUCCUUGCCUGCUCAGAAGACGUCGGGCCCCGCCCCUCUGUUCCCCGUGGACGUGAAUGAAAUCCUAUCUGCCGCUGCAAAAGAACGCUUGGCCGAGAGCCCCGGCGGCACGGAGGACAGCAAGAGCAGCAAAGCUCCUUCAGUUCAACAAAGGUCACAAAUUGAGGAGCUACGGAAGUUCGGCAAGGAAUUUAGGCUCCAGCCGAGUGGAGGCAGCUCCGGCUCACCCAGCUCUCCCGCUGCAGCGACUCCUCCUGUGGUCGGCGAUGUCGCCCAGGCCGGCGCCGCCAAACCUACGCCGCCGGCAGACCCUCACGCCGCCGCCGAACCCAAACCGCAGCCCGCUGCCCCCAGCCCAUCCCAUCCUCAGCCGUCGGGGCUCCCGUCCGAUGAACCCAAGGAAGCCAGCACGCCGGGUGGCCCCAACUCGGUUGCCGCGGGAGCCGUUUUGGACAGACAUUCGCCGGCUGCCCCUCAACCGGCCAGGGCCCCGGGAAGUGAGGACGGCAUGUCGGAGCGCACGGAGGGUGUAGCAGACCAAGUGAAGAAAUCCACCUUAAACCCCAACGCUAAAGAAUUCAAUCCAAUCAAACCUCAGAUGCCUAUGACAAAACCCAACACGGCCCCCACCCCGCCUCGACCCACUCCUCCGAGCCCCGUGGUCAUUCAGCACCCAGGCGGCCAGGGUCCACUUUACAAUGCCCCCUACCUAUCCUAUGUGUCGCAGAUUCACUCUGUACAGACCCCACAGAUGUACCAGUACACCAUGUCUGCAGUCAGCCAGGGAAAGUACCCCAGGACCAAAGGCUCUGUAGUGGCACCGCGCUCAGACCAUGGUGCCUCGGCGCCCCCCAUGCUGCAAGCGGCAGCAACAGCCGCCGGCGCCCCCUUGGUUGCGUCCCCUUACCCUCAGUCCUACCUUCAGUACAACCCGCAGCAGUAUGGCCAGCAGCAGGUCAUCCAGGCCAUGUCACCCUACCCAGGACAGCCCAUGUAUUCCAUGCUGCAAGGGGGGGCUCGGAUGAUAGGGCAAGGCGGGGCUCCCCACCCGCAAGCCCUUGGACCUCCAGGAGGCCCACAGUUCCAGACACAGGGGGAUGGGCCACAGGGACCUCAGCAGGGCAUCUAUGCUCCCCAGUCCUUCUCCCACCACACAGGGGCCGUACAUCAACCGCAGCCAUCCAGUACCCCAACAGGCAACCAGCCCCCACCCCAGCAUCCUGCGCCCAGCCCCGGACAGAACACCCAAUCCGGCCCACAGCCCCAGUCCUUGUACCACUCAGGUCCACUGUCCGCACCCACCCCGCCCAACAUGCCGCCUGGCCACACGUCCCCGCAGGGCUCCUACCCCAUUCAGGGCUACAGCAUCCACGGCCACCAGGGCAUUCCACCCACGUAUCCCCUGGGCCAGUUGGCGCAGGCCCAUGUACAAGGAGCCAUGUCAGGCCCCCACCAUUCGGGGAGCCAUGGUCAGCCCCAAUUAGUGAUGCUGCAGCCUCCCCCGCAACAGGGGCCCGGCUCGGUGCCCCAGCACCCGCAGCACGGACCGCAGCAAGGGACACACCAACACUUUUACAUCGGGCAUCCGCAAGCAAUGCAGGUUCAGACACACCCGGCCUCCUUCCAUCCACCCGGAAACUAAACUUCUCUCUUCAAAAAAUGUUCCCGGGAUUGAGCGCCGCCGUCCCCGCAGCCCGCCUGACGACGGUUCGACUGAACGUCCCAAAACGAGACUGACAGCAAAGCGCAGCGGCGGGGAAGGACAUAGCCUCAUAGCACCUUCUUGUUUUACUUCUUCUUCUGCUGCUGCUGUUAUUGUUCAUUGGCCCCAGAAGUGAAGGAGUGUUUUCUUUUUUCGUUUUUAAUGCAAACGGAUGAAGAUGGCAAGACGACGAGCACGACGGCGAACCUGCGUGCAAAUCCAGUGCUCCUCUUCAACUUCUUCCCUUUGUUCAGAGGCAGGAGGCACCUUGCUCACUUGGACCAGUCAGAGGACAAAGGGUUUCAUCUUCCAGCAAAGUGUUUUUGGCCUGGUCGGGUGUGUUGGCUUUUUGACACACACACGCACAUGUUCAGGAUGAAUACUUACUGCAUGACACGGGGCAUUUGAAGAGAGGAUGGGAUUUUUAACUAAUCGUUUCUUUUAACUCACCCCGGUUGCUUAAAAAAAAAAAAAGAAUCAACCUCUGACCGUUAUUCUCUUCUUUAGGUAAAUAAAA